AUGGUUUGCACGAGAAUAUCAAGAAUUUCCAGACCAUUCAGCUUAAAACUGUACCAAAAUGUAUUGCUUAGAAGGGCCUUCACAGUUUCAACCUCACUAAGAGCCAAUACUCUAAUGGAAACAAGUGGGUUCUCAGACACACAAUUGGAAGUUAGGGAAGCCAUUGCCAAAAUCUGCUCGAAAUACCCUGACGAAUAUUGGGCAAAACAUGAUGAAUCUGGUGAAUAUCCACAUGAAUUACAUGCAGAUUUAGCGAAAGGUGGAUGGAUUGGCAUUGCCCUUCCAGAAGAACUUGGAGGAUCCGGCCUUGGUAUCUCAGAGGCUACUAUGAUGUUGCAUACGAUUUCAGAGAGCGGUGCAGAUGUUUAUGCCACUCAGCCUGUCGCAAAAUUCGCCACUCCCUCCCAACGUCAAAGUAUGCUACCCAAGCUAAUCGAUGGUACAUGGCGAGCAUGUUUUGGAGUCACCGAACCCAACACUGGUUUGGAGACUCUCAAGCUCAAAACUCGAGCUAUGCGUGAAGGUGAUACUUACAGGAUAACCGGUCAGAAAAUAUGGAUAUCCUCAGCACAAGUUGCAACGAACAUGGUGCUAUUGGCUAGAACUACCCCCAUUGAAGAAGUGGCAAAGCCUUCCGAAGGCCUAUCUCUUUUCUUCAUAGACUUUGAUCCUAAACAGCUAGGCCUCGAACUCAAGAAAAUCAAAAAGAUGGGAGGAAGUGCUAUUGAUGCAAACGAGGUUUUCUUCGACAAUUACGUCGUGAGAAGUAACUCACUAAUCGGUAAAGAAGGUCAAGGUUUCAAAAUCGUACUUCAUGGCAUGAACGCUGAACGAUGUCUCCUAGCAGGGGAAGCACUAGGUCUUGGAUAUGCCGCACUCUAUCGAGCCUCCCGGUAUGCAAAGGAAAGAAUCGUUUUUGGUCGACCUAUAGGUAUGAAUCAAGGUAUUCAACACCCACUGGCAGAUGCAUACAUGCACCUUGAAGCUGCGAAAUUGGCAACUUAUCACGCAGCAAGGUUGUACGAUAAGUCAAGGACGGAUGAAACAGUAACACAAACAGCUGUUGGUGUUGCGUGCAAUAGCGCAAAGUAUUUAGCAGGUGAGGCAGCCUUUACUGCCUGUGAAAGAAGCGUGUUAAGCUUGGGAGGCAUGGGCUAUGCUCGAGAAUAUCAUGUUGAGAGAUACUUAAGGGAGUGUUUCGUUCCAAGGAUCGCGCCAGUUUCGAGGGAAAUGAUCAUGAAUUAUGUUGGAGAGAAGGUUCUUGGCUUACCUAGAAGCUACUGA